AUUUUUGUAGGAUUUACAAUCGGAAAUUGAAACACAUCGUGUGGUUUAUGAUCGUCUCGAUGGCACAGGACGUAAACUUUUGGGUUCACUCACCUCCCAAGAAGAUGCGGUAAUGUUACAGCGUCGUUUGGAUGAAAUGAAUCAACGUUGGAAUAAUUUGAAAUCAAAAAGUAUUGCAAUCAGAAAUCGUUUAGAGAAUAAUUCAGAGCAUUGGAAUGCUUUGCUGUUGUCUUUGCGUGAAUUAACUGAAUGGGUCAUACGUAAGGACACAGAGCUGUCCAGCCUGGGUAUGGGCCCAGUGCGUGGUGAUUCGGCUAGUCUGCAAAAGCAGUUGGAUGAUCAUAAAGCUUUCCGUCGUCAAUUGGAGGAUAAACGUCCAAUUGUUGAAAGUACUUUACAAAGUGGCAGACAAUAUAUUGCCAGUGAACCACCUGUAUCGGAUACCAGUGAUACCGAAGCCCAUGAUUCAGAUUCACGUUAUCUAACUGCCGAAGAACAAAGUCGUGAGUUGACACGCAGUAUAAGACGUGAAGUUGCUAAACUUUCAGAGCAAUGGAAUAAUCUAAUCGAUAAAUCUGACAAUUGGAAACAUCGUUUAGAUGAAUACAUGACGUUUAAUCUUUUACCAAGUACCUAG